UGUGAAUGAGCUCAUGUUGGGUUGCAUUGCUUCAAUGUCUCGCAGUGAGAGAUGCAAACAAGCGUAAAGAGCCAUUAGAGCUCUAGUGGAAGCAAAGCAAAGGACUGCGCGACUGCAGCUGAUUCUCUCUGUGUGUGUUUGGGACUUAUUCUCUGAUCGCUGGGAAUCUACUGCGGACACUUGCUGUAUUUCAGUGAAACUGAAGGUGAAAUGUUGUGUUUCCAGCUGCUUUUUCCGCUGGUUGUCCUGGAUCUGGAGUGGAUCUGAACUGUUCGAUGGCUGCAGUCCAGUGAAACCGGCCUGUCUUUGGAUCCGUGUGUGUGUGUGUGUGUAUGAAUGUGUGUGUGUGUGCGUGUGUGUGUGCAUGGGUCUAUGUGUGGGUACGAGUCCUUAUGAAUGUGUGUGUAACCCCAGCACAUUUCCUUGGAGGGGUAUUUUUGUUGUUUUUGGGAUCUAUGGGAUGCAUCUAGAUCGGGCUGGAUCCUCUGGGGGGGCAACAAUGUGGGUUACUGGGAAGGGGAAACCAACAGGACCCUGAGGCUUGUGUAAAUGUGUUUCCCGACCGCCUCAGUCGUCUGAGAAGGUCAGACCUCCCUGUGGCACGCUUGGGCCGCUGGCACUAAGAUGUCCCUCAGUAGUGGCACUGCAGGCGGGAAAGGUGUGGACUCGAAUGCGGUGGACACUUAUGACAGCGGGGAUGAGUGGGAUAUUGGUGUAGGCAACCUGAUCAUUGACCUCGACGCCGACUUGGAAAAAGACAAGCUUGAGAUGUCUGGCACUAAGGACGGGGACGGAAUGGCUGCUGCCUCGAGCGCCGUAGCGGCAUUGCCGGACAACAUCAAGUUCAUUAACCCGGUGCCUCCUCCGCCGAUCAAGGACAGCAAAUCCAAAGCUAAGCGUAGCAAGAAUUCCAAGGACAGUAGCAAGUCCUCGACCCCUGAUGGGGCCAAAAAGGACACCCAGGGACGGACCCAAAAUGAGGGCACUGGGCCAGCCGUGGGAAGCGGAUCCACAGCUUUACCUUCCGGGAAAGGUUCCGAUAAAAGUAACAAAGCCUCCCGUAAUGUUCAGAGUGGAAAAAAGGACAAGGAGGGUUCUGGGAAAAGCAAGAAGGAGAAAAACGAUGGGGUACAAGCUGGGAACGUUCCCUCGGAAAAGGACCCAUCGGCACAGGUUAUGCCUUUAGGCCAGGCACGCAAUACCCCGUUUGAGGGGACGCAAAAUUCGGACCUUGUUGGUGCUGAGCAACUUGGGAAUAUUACCCUUGAUACCACUGGAAUAGUCACACCUUUGGCUAUUAAGAGUGAACCAGAAGAAGUGGAAAAUAAUGACUGCAGGACCAUGAAGAAAGUGAAAAGCGAAAAGAUGGAGUCUCCGGUCUCCACGCCGGCACCGCCACCGCUCCACCUCCUCGCUCCUGUCGGCAACAGCGACAUCUCCUCCUCGUGUGAGCAGAUCAUGGUCCGCACGCGCUCCGUGGCCGUCAACACCUCUGACGUGGCUCUGGCCACCGAGCCCGAAUGUCUGGGCCCCUGUGAACCUGGCACCAGUGUUAACCUGGAGGGCAUCGUCUGGCAGGAGACUGAGGACGGUAUGCUGGUUGUAAAUGUUACCUGGAGGAACAAGACGUAUGUGGGCACGCUUUUAGACUGCACUCGACAUGACUGGGCACCCCCACGGUUUUGUGAGUCACCCACAAGUGACCUGGAGAUGAGAAAUGGCCGUGGACGGGGUAAAAGAAUGAGGCCCAAUAGCAAUACGCCAGUCAACGAGAACAGCAACUCUUCUGAUAACAAAGGCAGCAACAACAGCAAGACUCGAGCCGCGUCCAACAGCAAAGGGCGACGGGGCAGUCAGAAUUCCUCUGAGCGGCGCACCCCACCAAACAGCAACACUGAGGAUGUAAAAGCUAGUCCUUCAUCUGCUAACAAACGCAAGAACAAACCUGUCUCAGACAUGGAGCCCAAUUCCAGUUCAGAAGACACUAAGGGUAGCAAACGAAUGCGCACUAAUUCAAACAGUGGAAUACCUCAUACUGUUCUUCCCCUCUCCAACAUCAAAGCUGAAUCCUUGCCUCCCUCUUUGGAUCGCAACUGCCCCUCGCCGGUGCUUAUCGACUGCCCCCAUCCCAACUGCAACAAGAAGUACAAGCACAUUAACGGCCUGAAGUAUCACCAGGCUCGUGCUCACAAUGAUGAUGACAUCAAGCUGGACAUAGAUGGUGAUAGUGAGUAUGGUGAGGACUCCACUUUGCACCCAGAGCCAGGCAGUUGCAAUGGUGCAUCUAUUUCUCAGAAGGGAUGUGCGUCUCCUGCACGGUCAGUCACCCCCAAAGGCAGAGGAUUUGAUGCCCAGAGCCCAUCACCAUCAUCAGGAAAGUUCAGCUCCAAGCAGCCUGGCAAAAAGAAAUCGGAGGCUGAGCAUGACUCUGGUGUGCCCAUGGAUGGCUGUGAAGAUGGCCCAUGUCUUACAGAUGAGACAAGCAACGAUGGCAUUGAUGAUAAAAGAGGUUUGGACAAAGCUAAGAAGUCUGGCAGUGGUACCAAAGCAGACAAGCUCGCUCAGAAGGCAAUGAAGUCUGCAAGGCCCCUCGUUCCGUCCUUACCUCCACAGCAGUUAUACACCUUACCAACCUCUGGCUUCCCUGCCCCCAAUUCUGGCUCCUCCUCCAGCAUGGGCUCCGUGGUCCAGUCCAUCAGCAAGAGCCCCCAACUAAAAACGAUUCAACCCAAACCUGCAGUAAUGGGAGAUCCCUCAAUGAACCCAGCCUUGGGCAGCUCUAAGGACAAGAAAAAGAAAGAUAAGAAAAAGAAGGAGGGUGGUAAGGAAGGAGACAGUCCAAAAGCCCCUGGCAAAGGAGGGAAACCCGAAGAAGGUAAAAGUCCAUAUUCUGAGAGCUCAGACCAAGGCAGCAAGAGUGAGGGGCUGUUAAAUGGAUCCACAGAUCCACAUCAAAGUCGGCUAGCCAGCAUGAAAGCAGAGGCAGACAAAAUCUACAGCUUCUCUGAUAAUUCUCCCAGUCCUUCUAUAGGUGUGGCGAGUCGGAUAGAAAGUGGGGGGAUGGCACAACCUCUCACUCCACUUCAUGUGGUUACCCAAAAUGGGGCCGAUAACUCUUCUGUGAAGACCAACAGCCCAGCAUACUCAGACAUCUCUGAUGCAGGGGAAGAUGGAGAGGGCAAAGCGGAGGGAGUGAAGGUCAAGUCUGAGGAUCAGGCAGUUCGGGAAGGUGCCAAGAAAUCCCUGUUCCCAUCCCAACCACCAAACAAAGACUCUUCUUUUUACCCAGGUUAUGAAACGUACUACUCACCCAAUUAUGUCAACCCAAACCCCAGUCCAGGAGUUUCUAACACUGUCACAUCAUUGCAAGAUGUUGCAGUGAAGGUGAAAAAAGAGGAAGACCCAGAACCUGGGAAUGACAAGGCCAAGUCAGAGCCAUCUGAAGAUCGAAAGCCAGAAAUAAUUGCAUCCUCUCAGCAGCCACCGCAGCCUUCAGUCAUUCAGCAGCGUUCUAGCAUGUUCAUGCAGCCCCUCUAUUACAAUCAGUAUGCUUAUGUACCUCCCUAUGGCUAUUCACAUGAUCAGGCCUACCAUAACCACCUGAUGAACACAAACCCAGCUUACAGGCAGCAGUGUGAGGACCGGCAACGGCAAGCAGCUGAACAGCAUCGUGCUGCAGAGAAGAAAUCAGAGGCUGCUCAGAAGGAUAGGGAAGCGUCCAUGAAGCAAGAAGAAUGGAAGCAGAAAGCUUCGGUUCCUCCUACCUUGUCUAAAGCGCCAAGUCUCUCAGAUUUGGGCAAACCGUCCCCACAGGGCAAGCCCAAAGAUUCCUCCGAGCCUGGCAAGUCAGUCAUUAUCCCCAAAGGAGAAGAUGGCAAGGGACAGACCCAGCAAGGCGAGGGGUUGAAAAUGAAGCUAAGUGAAGCUGGACAUCAUGCGAAAGAUGAACAGAAACCAGGCCUCGAGUCUGGGAGAUCGGCUAUGGAGCAGGCAAUGUACAUGUACAGACAGGAGCCAGACUCUCGACUGUGGCCCUACGUUUACCCCAGCAAGUACCCCGAUGCUCAGAAACAGAUUGAUGAGGAGAGAGAGCAGGAUCGUGAGCGGGAAAGGGAAAGGGAAAAAGAACGGGACAGAGACCGCGAGAGAGAACGGAAAGGCAAAGAAGAAAGGUCGCGUCCUAAAGACACUCCCUCUAAAGAGGAAAGCAAGGAAGGGGCCGAACCACGAACUUCGUCUGCCUCAAUGGAGCAUAGAGUCAGCAAAGAUCCACGAGCACACAUGCAGUUUCACUCACCUCUGCAGCAGCAUCCAUCGUAUAUGUCUUACAUGCACGGAUACCCCUAUAGCCAGGGUUAUGACCCCAGCCAUUCGGGAUACAGGGGGAUGCCUACUGUCAUGAUGCAGAAUUACCCUGGGUCGUACCUGUCACCAGGGUACUCUUUUUCUCCAUAUGGCAGUAAGAUGCCACCUGGAGAGGAGGGUGAGAAGGCUCGUGCCAGUCCUACGGUGAGUGGCAAGUCUGCAUCUGAGUCUAAAGCUCUGGACAUCCUGCAUCAGCAUGCUAGCCAAUACAAGAGCAAAUCGCCCACGGUGGGUGAAAAGACGCCCCAUGAAAGAGACAGAAGUGGGAGAGAGGGGGAAAGAGACGUCGAACGUCCGAGAUCUUCGCCCUCUCAAAGGAUCAUGCCUUCCCACCAUCACCUAGGCUAUCCACUACUCCCAGGACAGUAUGACUUGUCCUAUGCUACAGGUAUCUCCUCUUCAGCCAUUGUUGCCAGUCAACAAGCCUCUGCCCCCUCGCUUUACCCUCCAGCACGGAGGUGAGAAUGGGAGAAGUAACUGGCCGUUCUUCUGCAGACAUGUGACUGGUUCACAUGAGGAUGUGAUGUGGAGCUUAUGACAUCAGUUCAAUGAUGUUCCCGAUUUCUAUACGGUUCUUUUUCCUGGAUUUCCCGGCGUCUUUGACCAACACCGUCAGAGAGGAGAAAGUGGAUGCCCAAGCUUCUACAUACACGCCGAUCUCCGCCUCGGGAAGCGCACAUCCGGACGCCUCCCUCUCUGUGCUGCUGGCUACAUACUCAGGAGAGAGGAGACACAAUCUGUCUGCAGAAACGUCAUAUGAUGCACAAGCUCUCCGAAAAACAUGGACCUACAGAGUUUGAGAAAUCUUGAAUGAACCUGAAUGCAAAGACAUUCUGGAAGUCACUACAUUGUGUUUAAAGCAUGGGCAAAGCAUGGAGUGCUACUGAUCUGGACUGCUGCUUUAGAGCCGAGAGGAUUACCAUGGUUGUUGGGUUUUUUGGGGUUUUUUUGCCCCGAAGGAUUCCAGCGUCUUUGUUGCCGCUCUUCAUCUUCAUACAUUUACAUUCACAAUCUUAUUUGUGGACUAUGCAAGUGGAUAAGGCUUGGUUUUCUUCACUCAGUACAUUCAGGGCAGUAAAUUCAAGUUCAUGUUGUCAUUGCAAAGCUAUCGUCAACAUACUUGAGAGUAGACCGUUCUUUGUCCAAGAGGCAUUUUUUAAACGCACUUCCCCGUCUUUAUUGUUCAUAGUUAUGUUACUUUCUCAUUGAUGGACGUUGAACAAAUUGCUCAAAGUCAGCUUAGCACUGGUCGUUUUUCUGUGCAAAUGUUUUGUUCUCGAUGGGCGACUUUGCUUUGCAUUGGUCGGUUCAACAAUGACUCUAUUUUCAGUUAAGUGGUGGGCCUUCUGACGUUUUGGAUGAUCCGGAUCGUGGAGGGAAGAUGAAGCAUUGGCUGCUCUCUGACAUUCUUACACGGAGUGUCCCAAAAAGCAGGAACUUUGACUUCCAGACUGGAUUUAGGGAUUUUUCCGGCUUGUAUUGACCGUUAUCAUAUGCGGACACAAGGUUAUCUGCUUCUCCCAGGCUCUAGAUAGUCAUUUGGGACGCAAUGUGUGUGUUUGCCAAUGGAGUUACCAGACUCUACUGAACUGUGUGUGUCUGGUCACGAACUGAACCUUCACACACGGAUACCUUGCUGCUUGCAAAUCUCAUGCCAGACUGCAUGAGUGAAGUCCAAAAUGGGGCGAACCUCGAAGGCUUCGAGCGAUCCGAGUAAGAUGACCCCAAAAGAGGCUUAGAGCCGGCAUCCAGCUUCUAGACUUCUUCUAGUUUGGGUCGGUCCUCCGAUCCACAGACUCGCGGAGCAUGAAACAAGGAAGACCUGGAAAACCGUUCCCUCACUUUCUUCUGUACGUCUGCAUGGUAUAAUCCAGCACUCGGUAAAAGCAUUAAUCCAAACAGAGAGCAAUGCAACACAAGCAGGCGUCCUUCCUUUUCUCCCUCACUAUGUGCUUUCUGUAUAUAUUGUACAAAGGAAUUAUUUUAAAAAAGGUUGUUGGAUGCUAUCGGAUUUUACUAUCUCUUUCUCUCUUUUUUUUUUUUUUUUGGUCUGUUAGCCUUUUUUUCUACCAUUGUUGACAUAUCAACGUUUAGCUGGUAUAACGGCUUUAUAUUGGAAGCGUUUUUGUUUUUUUACUACUUUUUCUACCCCUCCUCUUCAGUGUCAAGUCGGUCCCACUCUGCUUUGAAACUGUUUAGAAGCACAUGUUUUGCGUUUACUGAAAUAAAGUCAGUUUUAAUAAAACGUCAGGAUUUUUAGUCAGCACCCCUGCAAAACACGCAAUGGCACGUUCAUAUUUCAGAAGGGAACUAUGGUGAAGGAAGCGACAACCCGUGUCCGGUGCUAUCUGGAGCUAGUUUUUCCAGUUCAUCAUCAUGCAGUUAUUGUGUGAAUCUGAAACUCUCAGGAGAGCAUUAUUGAAAUCUGAGCCAUUUAAAUCAUCCUGGCAUUUUCAUCGCUCUCUGCUGUAUUCAAACUUGAUUAUUGAACUGCACAGGGAAGACGACAUUACUUAACGUUAUUCGUUUAUAGUGAAGAGGCGGCUUUCCCCCCCCCCAUGUUAAGCAUGACCGUUUGUUUUCCAUCGCAGUCGUGAGACAAAAUGGCAAACGUUCAGUAUCUGCAAGAUGGGUUUUGUGCUCCUUAAAUUUAUAACUGAGCAUUAAUUUCAAUGCCACCACAAACCCCUAAUCUGAUUUUAACUAAUGCUCAUGCUAAUGAGGCCUAAUGGCACAAUGCAUUAGUUUUAUUUUGUUGUAGGAGAGGCCUGGGCCAGAUCUCUUUAAGAAUUUUUAUUUUAUCCUUUCUGUGCAGAUGGAAAACUUUACACUUUUUAUGCUGAUUUAGGACCAGCUUUCUCUACCUAAACCCUAAACAGUAACUAAGAGAUAUCGCAGCACUGGUCUCAGAUCAGCAUCAAAAGGCUUGCGCUAAUACGAGAGAGUUAGGAUUUUUAUAUAUAGUAAUAACCUCACUUUUAGUUUUUCUGUCUUCGCGCGUUUAGCCAGUAAACCUGUGCUGUCUGGUGACUUGAUUCAUAAUUGUUGAGGAAAAAGCGCUUGAUUCUUUUAAUUUAUUUUUGAGGGUUCUUCUUUUGUUGUUGCUGUUGUUUUUUCUAGUUCAAGUUUUCUCCUUGUAGAAAGACGAAACGGCCGGUUUUAACAGUUCAAACAUUUGUUUAUAUUUGUCUCAGACGGUGCUAAUAUAGCCUGCCCUGUGCGAUCCUUGUGGGAAGAGAAGAGGGAAUUUGCUUUUUUGGUUUAAUUUCUAUUUUCUGUUUUUAUUAGGCCCCUCCCACAACCCAUCCCACUAAUUAAGCCCCACCUACCCCACAUCUAUAGAGAGCAGCGGCUCGGUCAUCGGUACUUGAAAGAAAGAUGUUUACACCUCUUCAUUUCUGUGUUUGGAUACACUUUUCUUUGUACACCAUCGCUCUCUCUUUCCCUGCCUUCCUCGCUGUCUAGCUGCCUCUGUCCCACUCUCUCUUCCUAGGGAUCUCUCAUGUAAAGUGUAAAUUGCUACAUUUUUUAUACAAUACUGUAACUUGCCUUUGUACAUUUAGGCAGAAAAUAAAUCUUUUUAUGAGACAAUCA